ACCUCUUUCCCUAAUCGGCUAUCCCGACCGAAACCGGAUUCGCGGACCGCAUCUGGUCACCCCUAGCAGCCGAGGCUAGCACGCGGCGCCCUGCGGCCAUGGAGGACGAGGAGCACGAGGUGUACGGCCAGGAGAUCCCCGUCGACGGCGAGGACGUCGACAUGGCCGCCGGCGACGACGCCACCAAGCUGCAGGAGCUCGACGAGAUGAAGCGCCGGCUCAAGGAGAUGGAAGAGGAGGCCGCCGCGCUCCGCGAGAUGCAGGCCAAGGUCGCCAAGGAGAUGCAAGGUGUAGAUCCCAAUGCAACCACAUCUGAAAACAAAGAAGAGAUGGAUUCUCGGUCGGUAUUCGUCGGAAAUGUUGACUAUGCAUGCACUCCAGAAGAAGUGCAGCAGCACUUCAACUCUUGUGGAACUGUUAACAGAGUGACAAUCCUGACUGACAAGUUUGGGCAACCAAAAGGUUUUGCUUAUGUGGAAUUUGUUGAAGUUGAAGCUGUUCAGGAAGCUGUUAAGUUGAACGAAUCAGAAUUGCAUGGUCGCCAACUCAAGGUGGCACCGAAGAGGACCAACGUUCCUGGGAUGAAGCAACCCCGCGGUCGAGGUUUCAAUCCAUACCAUGGCCACCCCUACAUGAGGCCAUAUGGUUAUAGUCCUUAUGGCUAUGGGAGAUUCCCCAGAUUCCGCCGCCCGAGAAGACCUUAUUUUUGAGGCUCGGGUUUCUAUAUGGUUUGCAGAACAUGGACGAUAAUCGGUUAAGAUUCUGGAGAAGGCUGGACCUUAUCCCCGCCUUCAAUUAUUUCACACAUAGCUUUCGGGAUGUUCUCAGACAUGUUGUUUCCGUAUUGACGAUGCUUAAGCUUUGUACUGUAUUGUUUCAGUUACAGACUUACAGUUAUGCAAAACGACUAUGUUUUAGUUACACGGAAGGUACUGUUGUGAUGCUGCCAUUUUGUUACUUGAAUAGAUUUUAACCCUGCAAUAUGAUUGUAUAAGCUGAUGCAUUCUUCCUUCA